GUUCAGUAUAUAUACGGUACCUUUACGUUAUCGUUAUAUAGAAACAUGAAGUAGCACUGCUAAUGUCAGAGUGUCACUGUCAAUGUUACGAUAGGUGUUUUGUUAACAUUAUAUAUAUUACAGUACCGGUGAUACUAGACUUGUUGAAUAUUAGCGAAUGCCGCCAUAAGCUUAAAGAAUCGAGGCAUAAAUACACAAGCUGGACAAUAUUCCCUGAUACUUAAUCAUUAAGUAAUUUACUGCGGACGCCAAAAAUGACACAGAAUACACUUGUUGUUCGACGACAAAAGUUCACAAAGGUUUUUUUAUAAUUAGAUGAAUAUUACAUAACUUUUAAUCUAAUAUUACCGUGGAUCUGGAAAGGGCUAAAAAACAAUCUCUCCCUCCAAGGUAAAGUGGCAAUCGUUACAGGUGCCUUAUGAGGUGUUGGAGCAGGAAUAGCUGAGAAAUUUGCACGUCGCGGUGUUAAAGUAGCUAUUAUCUUCAUCUCUGACAGCAGCAAUGACGCAACUGAACAGUUGGUAAAUAAAUAAAUAAAUAAAAGACUUUGGUACUUCGGCAGAUGCAAUUAAGAUUCAAGCAUAUUUGCGUGAUGUUUCUAGAGUGAAAUAUAUUAUGGAUACCACUGUUCAAGCUUUUGGUUCCACCAUUCAUAUCCUUGUCAAUAACGCAGGAUAUUUAACUGAGCCAAAACCUAUAGAGAUGGCGAUAUUGGAAGAUUAUAACCAAACUUUUGAUGCAAACAUUCGUGCCGCCUGCAUCAUGACAGAUAGCAUGGCUCUGAAUGUUUCCCAAAACGGAAAAGAUCAUUAAUAUUGGAAGUAUUAACGGAAGGGAAGGCUUUCCACAACAAUAUCUGAACAGCGAAAGCAAGUCGGCUCUUGAAAGUUUCACAAAAUGAUGGAUUGCUGAGUUAGGCCCAUAGGGCCAUACCGUGAAUCAAGUCAAUCGAGGAGUUGUUGUAACGGAUAUGGUAAGAAAAAGUCAAAGUCUAAUCAAGCAGUUCUCAGAACUGACUCCUUCUGAAAAACACUAUGGACAGCCUCAAGAUUUAGCGAUAGUUGUUGGUUUUCCUUGCCGAAGAUAGCGGUCAAUGGCUCGCGGGGCAGGUGAUUUCAGCUUCCGGUGGGUAGGGAAUGUAUUAGUUUGAGUCAUUUCAGCAAAAUGUUAGAGCAAUCCUAACAUUACUAUAUGUUAUUUUACGACUUACUGGACCAAAACAAACAACGGAAAGUCUUUGGUUCAUGUGCGUUCAUAAGUUCACGAGUCAUUAAAUUUUUCUUUUUUUUUUUUGGUAUUUACUAGCGUAGAAUGGAAUCGCUAUCUACAGAUAAUCUAAGCGUUUCCAGUGAAAUUUCAACUUGGGAAGAAUUCGCAGAUGAGCUGAUUGAUUUGUUUCAUCAAUUAAUCUGAUUGUCAAGUCAAGCAGGUGCAAUUGAAUCUUUACUAUAUAAAAAAUAAUAGUCUAUCACUUCAAUGUACUUUAUUUAACCAAAUAGUUGACCUUUACUUUUUCACUCAUAGUUGUAUUACUACUUUAUAGUAUUAUGCCCGUG